UAGAGGACGGACAUAGGUAUAAACAUUAAAGACAACUACAAAUUCUGAACAUAACAAGAAUAAUAAUAAUAAGAAGAAGGUUGAUGACACUCUUUGCCUCUUUUCCUAUUGUAUUAAACAUUGGAAACUCCAAUGCCCUUCCACCCUUUUGCCCUUCUAUGAAUUCUACCCUUCAAACCUCACUUUUAUUCUUUUGGUUUUGGCGUUAGGGUCUAAUUUGCUCUAUAUGUGCAGUAUAGUAUAGUAGUUUGAAUUAAAACCUCGGUUAGCAUGACGUCGAGCCUCUCUCUUACGAGAAAUCAAGCAAAACAAUUCCUCAAAACUCUCAACAACCCAUUCCACAAAUUUCUCUCCCUUUUCCAAACCAAUGUGUCGAUCCCUCAACCUCUAGAUCUUUGUGUUGAAUCUGCUUCUUUACGGCACACUCCUCACCUGUUUGAAAAAAGUCCUCAACCAGACCUUGCCCUAUGCAACGGUUUGCUUUUUGACUACUCUCGCAAUAACAACAACAAGGAAGCUCUAAAUCUCUUUUUGGGUAUUCAUAGUUUUGGUUUACCAGUCGAUGGAUCGACCUUAUCCUGUGUUUUGAAGGUCUGUGGAUGUUUGUUUAAUGUCAUAGCUGGAAGACAAGUUCAUUGCCAAUGCUUGAAACUUGGGUUACUUGAGGAUGUCAGUGUAGGGACUUCUCUUUUAGACAUGUAUAUGAAAACAGAGAAUGUGGAAGAUGGUAGGAGAGUUUUUGAUCAUAUGAGGGAAAGAAAUGUGGUUUCUUGGACUUCAUUGCUUGGAGGCUAUGCACAAAAUGGAAUGAAUGAGGAAGUUUUAGAAUUGUUUCUGAUAAUGCAAAUGGAAGGGAUAAAACCCAAUCCAUACACCUUUGCGGCUGUUCUUGGAGCUUUGGCGUCUGAAGGGAUGGUAGAGAAGGGUGUUCAAGUUCAUUGUUUGAUUGUAAAGUUGGGUUUCAAGACAGUAACUUUUGUGUCCAAUUCUUUGAUUAGUAUGUAUUUGAGGUCAGGGAUGGGUAAAGAUGCUAGACUUGUUUUUGAUGGUAUGGCAACCAAGAAUGCUGUGACAUGGAAUUGUAUGAUUUCUGGUUUUGUAACAAAUGGGCUUGAUUUCGCAGCUCUCGAAACAUUUUACGAUAUGAGGCUUGCUGGUGUUAAGUUUACUGAAAUGACUUUUAUUCCUCUUAUUAAGUUAUGUGCUAAUCGUAAGGAAUUGGGUUUUGCAAGGCAGCUUCAUUGUCGAGUUUUGAAAGAUGGUUUUAAUUUCGACCCUAAAAUCAAAACUGCACUUAUGGUGACUUACAGUAAGUGUAGCGAAAUCAACGAUGCAUUCAAGUUGUUCUCAACAAUGCAUGAAGCUCAAAAUGUUGUAUCUUGGACAGCCAUGAUCAGUGGGCACCAGCAGAACGGUGAAAUUCAAGAGGCAGUUAAACUUUUUUGUUUAAUGAACAAGGAAGGUGUUAAACCAAACGAUUUUACUUAUUCUACCAUCCUUACGGCUCAACCAGCUGUUUCUCCUUUCCAAAUACAUGCACAAGCAAUCAAAGCUAAUUAUGAGAAGUCGCCGUCCGUUGGAACUGCUAUUUUAGAUGCUUAUGUUAAGCUGGGAAAUAUUGAGGAAGCUGCUAAAGCUUUCGAACAAAUUGAUGAGAGGGACAUUGUUGCAUGGUCUGCAAUGCUAGCUGGUUAUGCUCAAAUAGGAGACUCUGAGGGAGCUACCAAUAUUUUCAUGCAGCUGGUAAAGGAGGGGAUUAAACCUAAUGAAUUCACCUUUUCGAGUGUUAUAAAUGCCUGUGCAUCACCUACAGCACCUUUCGAACAGGGAAAGCAGUUUCAUGCAUGGUCAAUCAAAUCAAAAUUAAGUGAUGCUUUAUGUGUAUGUAGUGCUCUUAUUACCAUGUAUGCUAAGAGAGGGAAUAUAGAUAAUGCAUAUCAAGUUUUUAGGAGGCAGCAGGAAAGAGAUCUCGCUUCAUGGAACUCAAUGAUCUCUGGAUAUGCACAGCAUGGUCAUGCAAAGAAAGCUCUUGAGAUAUUUGAGGAAAUGCGAAGAGAAAACAUGGAAAUGGAUGAUAUAACAUUUAUUGGUGUCAUUUCUGCGUGUAGUCAUGCUGGAUUAGUGGAUGAAGGUGAAAAGUACUUCAAUGUGAUGAUAGAAAAACACCGUAUUUCUCCAACAAUGCAGCUGUAUUCUUGCAUGGUUGAUCUAUAUAGCCGAGCAGGCAUGCUUGACAAGGCCAUGGAUAUCAUUAACACGAUGCCAUUCCCUGCUGGUGCAACUGUCUGGCGAACUCUCUUGGCUGCCAGCCGUGUUCAUCGCCAUUUAGAGCUCGGGAAACUUGCUGCAGAACAGCUUAUUUCACUUCAGCCACAAGAUUCGGCUGCAUAUGUUCUGCUCUCCAAUAUUUAUGCUGCUGCAGGAAAUUGGCAUGAAAGAAGGAAUGUGAGGAAAUUGAUGGACCAGAGAAAAGUGAAAAAGGAGGCUGGUUACAGCUGGAUUGAAGUUAAGAACAAGACUCACUCAUUCUUGGCCUCUGAUCAUUCUCAUCCCAUGUCAUAUCAAAUUUAUUCAAAACUUGAUGAGCUAAAAAUGCAACUGAAGGACAUGGGGUAUCAACCUGAUACUGAUCAUGUACUUCAGGACAUUGCAGAUGAAGAUAAAGAAACCAUCCUGUCUCAACACAGUGAGAGACUGGCUAUUGCUUUUGGGUUGAUUGCUACUCCUCCCGGAACAGCACUUCAGAUCGUUAAGAACCUUAGAGUAUGCGGAGACUGUCACACUGUUAUUAAGUUGAUAUCACUGAUUGAAGGAAGAGAUAUAGUUGUUAGGGAUACAAACCGGUUCCACCACUUCAAAGCCGGUAGCUGUUCUUGUGGUGAUUACUGGUAACCAUCUAUCGUUGCAGCUUGCAACUUCCGAAGUGUUACUCCAUUCAUCUAGGUGCAACAAAGGGCAGAAAUAUAACAUAAAUCUCAUGUGCUAGGGAUGGCAAUUCAACCCUAUUUAUGCAUACGAGUCAGCCCUGGUAGAGUGAUGGUUGCUGAGCAGUAAGGCUUACAUUUAUCAGAGGCAAAGUGACGGUUGCAUGUGUUCCUGAUUUUGCAUUCAGUGAACAUGUUUGACGA